AUCUUCUUCACUGUGUGGUCUAUCAAUCAAUCCAAAGAAACAAUGGCGAUUCGUUGUGUAGCGAGUAGAAAAACCCUAGCCGGCUUGAAGGAGACAUCAUCGAGGUUCUUAGGAUUCAGAGGGAUUCAGACUUUUACGCUUCCUGAUCUUUCUUACGAUUAUGGCGCAUUGGAACCGGCGAUUAGUGGAGAGAUCAUGCAGAUUCAUCACCAGAAGCAUCACCAGGCUUAUGUUACUAAUUACAAUAAUGCUCUUGAGCAGUUGGAUCAGGCUGUGAAUAAGGGAGAUGCUUCUACCGUUGUUAAGUUGCAGAGCGCUAUCAAAUUCAACGGCGGAGGUCAUGUCAACCAUUCGAUUUUCUGGAAGAACCUUGCUCCUGUCAAUGAAGGUGGUGGAGAGCCACCAAAAGGAUCUCUCGGCAGUGCCAUUGACGCUCACUUUGGUUCCCUUGAAGGUCUGGUGAAAAAGAUGAGUGCUGAAGGUGCUGCUGUGCAAGGCUCCGGAUGGGUGUGGCUAGGUUUAGACAAAGAACUGAAGAAGCUUGUGGUUGACACAACUGCCAAUCAGGAUCCAUUGGUGACAAAAGGAGGAAGCUUGGUGCCUCUGGUGGGUAUAGAUGUUUGGGAGCACGCCUACUACUUGCAGUACAAAAAUGUGAGGCCGGAGUAUCUGAAGAAUGUAUGGAAAGUGAUCAACUGGAAAUAUGCGAGCGAGGUUUAUGAGAAGGAAUGCAACUGAAUCGUUACACGAUGACAUAAGGAGAGGAACCAGUUCCAGCUCGGAUUUGUUUUUAAGGUUGUCUGAAACAAACAUACAAUGUCUCUUUGGUUUUUGAGUUUUGCUCAACUGAGCUGUGUGGUUCGUUGUUUUACAAUAAAAGUUUUCAAGAAGA